AUGUGCCACGACGGCGCGGCGCUGAACCCGUUCAGAGGGCGGAAGGACGCGGCGCGGAUGAGCGACGAGGACAAGUUCCUGUUCGACACGAACGGCUUCGUCGUCGUUCGCGGCGUCUUCGGCGCGGACGACCUGCGACGAUUCCACGCCGCGAUCGACGCGCACGCCGACCGAAUACACGAGCGCAAAGGCCAGCUUCGGCUCACCGCGAACCGAACGCCUCUGAGCGGCGACGGCGUGACCGGUCGCAAGGACCUCGCGGGGUUCCUCGGAUGGGAAACGCCUCACCGGGAGCCGUUUCGCGACGUCCUGACGCACCCGCGGCUGCUCCCGUACCUCCACGAGCUCGUCGGACCCGGAUACCGACUCGACCACAACCCGCUGCUCAUCCUCCAAGACCCGGGCAGCGAGGGGUUCGAAUUCCACGGCGGCAGCACGCUGGACAGCGGCGAGUGGAACCACCCGCUGGGGUACCAGUUCAACCACGGGAAGAUGCGGUGCAACCUUCUCGCGUUCGCGGUGCACCUGACGGACGUGAAGGAGGGAGAGGGCGGUUUUUGCGUGAUCCGCGGAUCGCACAAGUCGAACUACGCGUGCCCGGCCGCGAUCAAGCGAUACGAGCGCGCGGUCGAGCACGCGCAUCAGCCCGCGAUCGACGCGGGCGACGUCGUCGUGUUCACCGAGGCGACGACGCACGGGACGCUGCCGUGGAGAGGCGCGUCGCAGCGGCGGAACGUCAUCUAUCGCUUCUCGCCGGCGACAAACGCGUACGGCCGAGGGUGCGCGCUCGCUUCUGUCGCUCGCAUUUUUCACCCCAUCCCGGUUUCAAACGUCGACCGCGACGUCCGUUCGACUGACCCACGUCGGCGUUCGCUUCGCGCGUCGCAGGUACGCCGAGAACGGGUGGCCGAGCGCGUUUCUGGAGGGCAUGACGGACGCGCAGGUGCGUUCGAUACAAACGUGAAUUUCACCCAUCGCUCGCUUUCAACAUUUGAUCGCGUUUCCUUUCAACUGACCGAUGAACUGCUCGCGCAGCGGAGCGUGAUGAACCCGCCGUAUCACCCGCGUCUGAACCGGACCGUCGUCGCGGAGGACGGCGUGCGCGCGAUCGAGGCGGCGCCGAGGGAGAAGCACAAGGUGGACUUCGACCGCGCGGUGUUCAAGCAGGACUACUUUUGA